AUGUCUGUCGCUAACGUUACCAUCACCACCGACGUCGUCGUCACUGACUUUGUCACCUACUGCCCCGAACCCACCUCGUUGGUUGUCAACAACAAGACCAUCACCGUCCACGAACCCACCACCAUCACCAUCUUGGGUCCUUGCACCAUCCCCACCACCAUUAUUGGCCCCGACACCACCUCGAAGACCCAAUCGCCCCACGUCACCGAAUCGCAAAUCGAAAACGGUGCCAACAAGGCCGUCGCCGGUGCCUUCGCUGGUGUCGCCGCCGUCGCCGCCGCUUUGUUGUAA